AGGACGUGACGUAACUUUAGCUGAUGUAAAAUGGCGACGAUCGCAUUUUAGUCAAAACAGAACCGACGAGUUUUAAAAAAGGGGUCAAAUACAGGGAAGGUUGCUGAUUUUACGGAAGGAAUAUAAACAUCAAGUUUAUUUGUGGAGCCUUAUCAAGGUUCAGUCAUGACCGAGCAGACCAACGUUAACUCGGAGGGGAUCGUGGGUCUGGAUGAGCCCAAGAAGAUGACCAGAGAGGACUGGAGGAAGAAGAAGGAGCUGGAGGAGCAGAGAAAGCUGGGAAACGCUCCAGCUGAGGUGGACGAGGAGGGAAAGGACAUAAACCCCCACAUCCCACAGUACAUUUCAUCAGUGCCGUGGUACAUCGACCCAUCAAAAAGGCCCACACUAAAGCAUCAAAGACCACAGAGUGAGAAUGAGAAGCAGUACUCCGCAAUCGGAGAGUGGUACAAGAGAGGAGUGCAGGAGAGUGCAGUUGUAACUAAGUUCCGUAAAGGGGCUUGUGAAAACUGUGGUGCCAUGACACACAAGAAGAAAGACUGCUUGGAGGUAAAACCGAUGAAACAGUUUUACAGUUAUCUGCUGGAACAAAUUAAUAUUCAGGGUUUGCUUAUCCUGGAUGUCAAAGGAGAGCGGGAACAUGACAGUGAAGAUGAGGAUGAAGACAAAUAUGCAGAUGACAUCGACAUGCCCGGUCAGAACUUUGACUCCAAGAGACGAAUCACUGUCAGGAAUCUGCGUAUCAGAGAAGACACAGCUAAAUACUUGAGAAAUCUGGAUCCAAAUUCAGCGUACUACGAUCCAAAGACGCGAGCAAUGAGAGAGAAUCCGUACUCGAACACUGGCAAGAACCCUGAUGAAGUGGGGUACGCUGGAGACAACUUUGUUCGCUACAGUGGAGCCACAAUUUCCAUGGCUCAAACACAAUUGUUUGCCUGGGAGGCUUAUGAGAAAGGCUCCGAGGUGCAUCUGCAGGCUGACCCCACCAAACUGGAGCUGCUGCAUCGCUCCUUCAAGGUCAAGAAGGAGGACUUCAAAGAAGAACAGAGGGAAAGCAUCCUGGAGAAGUAUGGAGGCCAGGAGCAUUUGGAUGCACCACCGCGGGAGUUGCUGUUGGCCCAGACGGAGGACUACGUGGAGUAUUCGCGUCACGGCGCUGUGCUGAAAGGACUCGAAAAGGCUGUCGCUCGCUCCAAAUAUGAGGAGGACGUGCUCAUCAACAACCACACUUGUAUUUGGGGUUCCUACUGGAAAGACGGCUUCUGGGGGUACAAGUGUUGCCACUCCAUGGUCAAACAGAGUUACUGCACAGGAUCAGCUGGAAUUGGAAUUAACAACUCAGAGUGCACUCCAUUUGAAGAGGCAAUAACUGAGCCACAGGAGGAAGAACAGCCCAAGACUCUGCUAGAAAUGCAUCAAGAUAAGAUGAAAGAGAAGAAGAAGAAAAAGAAGAACAAAAAGAACAAGAAGCGCGACUCCGACAGCAGUGAUUCGGAGGAUGAGGAGAAGAAGAAGGAAAAGCUGAAGAAGGCUCUAGAAGCAGAGGACAAGCGGGUGAAGCAGGUGGAGAUGCUAAUGCAGCUGGAUGAGAGGAAGAGGCCGUACAACAGCUUGUUUGAAGUAAAGGCGCCCACUGAGGAGGAGAUGGAGGCCUUCCGCAUGAAACGCAGCAGGCCAGAUGAUCCCAUGGCUUCCUUCUUGGGACAGUGACCUUUUCAGUCCCUGCAGAUUCCCCUAAACUCUCCCCAAGGACUCUACUAGAGCAGCUGCUCAGUAAAAUAUAAAAUCCCACAUUCACUCAAGUUUUGUGUUUUGGAAAGAAGCGCUGGAGAAACUGUGUACAGUAUUUUGUAAAAGUUAAUGUUGACACAUUGUUUUGAAGCUGCAUGUCCAUAAAAUGUAGAACAACAACAAAAAAGGUGUUUUGCUUCAACAGGAGACGUUUAAAUACUUUCAAACCUUUCAAAUUCAGUCUUUACAGGAAACAUGAGAAACGUAACUGCAUUUCUUUUUAUAAUAAAAUCCAUUUGCCUGAA